AUGCCUGCUCCACCGUCGCCCGAUCCACCGAUACCUGAUCCACCCGUGGAGAUGCAACCCAAGACGUCUGAAAACGAGGCAAGAGAAGAUGCGCUUCUCUCCAGGGUAGAGACACUGCUUCAGAAGCGCAACCAGGAACCUCGCGUUGUGUAUGAAGACCCGCCGUUCUCGAGACUGGCGAAGGUAUUGCAAGAGCGCGAAGUUCAAAGCGAACGGGAACGAGCCAAUGCAGCAACUGAAGCGCGCAUGAAGCAGAUGCAGGAUGCUCAUGAAAAAGACGAGGAGAGAAUGAAGCAACUCGAAAGCCUCAUAGCAGCUCAAUCGGCAGAGCAAAGGCGUAUGGAAUCUAUGUGGGAAAUGGAAAGAAGGGCUAUCGAAGCAGAAGCUGCAAAGCAAGCUCAAAGCGUGAGGGAUCUGGCAGCGAAAGAGAUCGCGGCCGCGCAAAUGGCCAAAGAAACAGCUCAAACAGCACUCAAUGCUGAGAAGCUAGAAACCGAGAGAGAAGCGAGGAAGAGAGCCGAUGCCAUGUUCAAGGCCGAAAAAGAACGAACGGAUGAAUUCCACAAAUUGCAACUGCAGCGUUACGAAGAGCUACUUCAUGAGCUACGAGAGCAGCUGCUGAACUCAGAGCAUGAAAGCGAUCGGGCUAUAAGACGUACCCAAAUCGCGGAAGGCAAUCGCACCGUGGAUGUAACAGAAUAUGCGACAAGCAAACGAGCCCCGCUUUCGAUAUCGGCUUCUUCUUCAUUUGUAGACAAUUUCGCACACUUGGAUAUGAGGCCCAGUCGGACUAGCUAUCACGAUCGGCCCCAAAGAAGUUCCGGUCGCCACAGCUUUCGUAGCACAACAGCCUCAUUGCAUGCUUCGCGUGCUUCAUUGGGGGGCACAGGCAUUUCCGAUGGUACUUCGAAAUCUCAGCAGGUGAUCAUCUUCCCUGCAAAAGCCGACCGACGCUCCCAGAGGAUGCACAAGCUGCAAAAAUCGUUGACUAGAUUUGGGAUUGAUUCUGAUUUUGAAGAUCCAGAAGACUUACAUCAAUUGCACACCAGUCAGCUGGUACAGUAUGACUACGACAACACGAUUGAUCAGACUGUUAGAAGUACCAUCUUCUGGGAGGCGUCUGCGCUCAAUCUAGGAAGAAGUCAACCGGUGCAUACCUACUUCUUUGAUCCCGACUACGAACCGCAGUUUUCUCCAUCCGAGACCGCACCAGGCAAGGAAUCGAUCACUAUCCAGAAAGCCCUCGUGGAAGAAUAUGCGCUGAUCGAACUGGGCUUCAAAUUCCAUACCAACGACACGGGAGUCUAUGUUCUCGAUGGCAGGUUGACAUAUGUAAAGAAUGCCGCUCACUAUCAGUACGACGCUCACGCUAACGGUCCGUAG